AUGGCCUCCUCGACUGCUCGCCCUUCGGGGGGUUCUGGCCUGUCGAGACCCCCCGUAUACAACUUAUUCUCGUUUGCGACUUUAUUCUUGCUCGUCAGCGCCUUUGCCUGUGUCGCUGUCGACGGUGCUGCUGUUUCUGCUGCUGCUGCUGCUGCUGCUGCGGCCGCCGCAGGUGACAGGUACCUCAUCGGCGUCGGGAAAGCUGACAUCACCGGCCCGGUUGUUGAGGUUGGGUUUGCCGGGUAUGCCAACACCGAUCAAGUUGGUUCUGGUUUGCGUCAGCGAUUGCAUAGCCGUGCCUUCAUUGUUGCGGACAAGAACAACCCCGCAGACAGAUUUGUCUAUCUCGUACUCGACGCGCAGUCUGGCGACACUGCCGUGCGCUAUGGAGUCUUGGACGGUCUGAAAGCCUUGGGCGACGAUUACAAGGUCUACGGUCACAACAAUCUUGCCUUGACAGGUACCCAUAGUCACUCUGGACCUGGAGCCUGGUUCAACUAUCUCUUGCCGCAAAUCACGACUCUCGGCUUUGACAAGCAGAGUUACCAUGCUCUCGUCGAUGGCGCGAUACUGUCAAUCAAGCGUGCACAUGAAAGCCUUCAGGAGGGCUAUUUGGACGUUGGUAGCACCAGGAUUAAAGACGGCGCAAUCAACCGCUCCCUGUACGCCUACCUGGCGAAUCCCGAAUCGGAGCGUAAACAGUACCAGGACGAGACAGACACUACCAUGACGCUGCUUCGCUUCAAGCGAGCCAAGGACAACAAGGACAUUGGCAUAUUGACCUGGUUUCCCGUUCAUGGCACCUCUCUGCUGGGAAACAACACCCACGCGGCGGCUGACAACAAGGGCGUUGCCGCAUGGAUGUUUGAGAACUCUGUCAAGACCAGCCCCCACGCGGCGGACGGCUUCGUCGCAGGAUUUAGUCAGGCCAACGUUGGCGAUACCACACCCAACGUUCUCGGAGCCUACUGCGACGAUGGUUCGGGUAAGCAGUGUAGUUUGGAAAAGAGCACCUGCGCCGAUGGCAAGUCCCAGAGCUGCCAUGGACGAGGACCCGAAUUCCGGGCUCUGGAUCUCGGAGUCAAGAGCUGUUAUGAGAUGGGUCGACGUCAGUAUGCUGGCGCGCAGAAUAUUUAUACGUCAUUGGACAAUGCUGGAACACCCAUUGUCGGGUCAACCGUCAAGGCAUUCCACUUCUUCCACGACAUGCGCUUCUGGAACUUUACUCUGCCAAACGGCAAGCAGGCACAAACAUGUCCUGCCGCACUGGGCUACUCCUUCGCGGCUGGCACCUCAGAUUGGCCCGGAGCAUUCGACUUCACACAGGGUGAUUCUGGUAAGCCUGAUGCCAAUCCGCUAUGGAGAGUUGUUUCCGGUCUUAUCAGGACCCCUUCCAAAGCCCAAGUGGCUUGCCAGGGCUCCAAGCCGAUUCUCCUUGACGUGGGCGAAAUGAAUGAGCCGUAUGCUUGGACACCCAACAUUGUCGAUAUCCAAGCUCUUCGCGUUGGCCAGUUGGUCAUCAUUGUCUCUCCUUCGGAAGCGACAACCAUGUCUGGUCGCAGGUGGAAGGCGGCUGUCGCCAAGGAGGCGGCUACAUUUCUGGACAAGGACCCAAUCGUCGUGCUUGGGGGUCCAGCAAACAGCUAUUCGCACUACUGCGCCACCCCCGAGGAGUACGGGAUACAACGAUACGAGGGCGCCUCGACUCUGUUUGGCCCUCACGAGCUCGACGCCUACAUCAACUUGACCGUCAGCAACAUGCACUACUUGCACCCGGGCUCGGCAGAGAGGCCCGACCAAGGUGUUCUCGCGCCGGAUAAUCGUGGCAAAGCGCUUUCCUUCAUCCCCGGCGUCGUGAUGGACAAUGCGCCGUUAAGCUCGUGGUUCGGCAAAGUUUUGCACCAGCCUGACAAGUCGUACGCGAUGGGAUCCGUGGUCAAGGCAACCUUUCAAGGUGCCAAUCCGCGAAACAAUCUCCGCCAGGAACAGACCUUUGCCGCUAUCGAACGGCAGGGAUCGGAUGGCAGCUGGAGCCGGGUCAAGGAUGAUACAGAUUGGUUCUUGGUGUACACGUGGCGACGAACAAACCUUAUUCUCGGAUACAGCGAGGUGGAUAUAAGCUGGGAAACGUAUGGUAACGCGGAGCCUGGCACGUACAGGGUCAAGUACUACGGCGAUGCAAAGCCGCUGAUUGGCAGCAUUGCAGCCUUUGAGGGCACGAGUGCUUCUUUUACUUUGAAGUAG